UGGGAACUGACUUCGUAACAAAAUUGAAAUUGUAAGAGGACUUUAUGGACACCCUGUAUAUCUUUUCUUGCACUUUACGUAUCAUAGACCCAGUAUCUGGAGAUGUGAAUUUUUCAUAAACGCAGACGCGAUGUUGUCGAGACAAAAGUGGCAGACAGGAAAUUCUGUAUUUUGUUGACUCUUUUGAGUUACAUAAGAUCGUUCAAAGUUGCACGUAGUCAAUAUACAUUGUUUGUUUUCUCAUCUCGUCUUGUUUUCCCGUUUCCCGUAACUAAGCUGAGAACAUGUGCAGCUGUUUAGGUAAAAUUCAAAUUUCGGGUUUCAAAAAUACCCUGUUUUAUUUGCUGUUGCGUGAUGCAAAACAAGUCAGCAUAUGCCUAGCGUCAUAUUUUCCCAUAUAGUUACGCAACAGGAAGCAAUAAAACCCCCGAUCAUUUUGAAUCUUGUUUUAUUCAACAUAACGUUUAAUACAGACGAGUUCUCAUUUCAACGCGAAAAUGAUGAAGAAACCUUUAUUGCUGAUUUCCUUAGCACUAAUGAUCAACUGUUGUUCAACAGCUCCAGAAACAACGUCCAAACCAAGAACGACAUUUAAACCAAGAACGACAACAGCCGUUUCCACAAUCGGGCCAUGCUGUCCGUCAUUACAAGCUGAACUUGACAACCUAACUGCAGAGGCAGCAGCGUUGCAAGAAGAAAUCAUCGACUUUCAAAAUCAGGUUGAUGCAAUUGAAAUAACUGUUAAUCAUCCAGAUGCAAAACAAUCCUGUGACGAAUUCAAAAAAAUGGAUUUUUCAUCCGGUUAUUACAAUAUUGAUCCAGAUGGCCCUGAUGGUGAAAUGUCUCCGUUUGAGGUUUAUUGUGAUAUGGACUCUGAUCCUGAAUGGGCUGUUACUAUGCUUGGUCAUGAUUCUGAAUCGCGUACGCUUGUGAGUGGUUGUCAAAAUCCCGGAUGUUACUCACGAGACGUUACUUAUCGGCAAUCCACGUAUCAGAUUGAAGCUAUCAUUUCAGCAUCACAGACCUGCAAGCAAUAUCUUUCGUACGAAUGCUACGGAUCAAUGUUAUUCGAAUAUUCCGAUUAUGCUUGGUGGGUCUCACGUGAUGGCGUAAACCAGUAUUAUUGGUCAGGAGCUGAUGAAGGAAGCAAAAUGUGUGCAUGUGGAAAAAAUGGAAACUGCAAUGGAACAUCAACUACCUGCAAUUGUGACAACAAUGACUUUGAAUGGAGACAAGACGAUGGGUAUUUGACAAACAAGAAUAAUCUGCCAGUGACUCAGAUAAAUUUCGGAGAUGUUUUAGGAAUUGAAGAAAAAGGUUAUUUCACUCUGGGAAAAUUGGAAUGCAAGAGUGAUGCAAAAAGCAUUUCAACUUGCGCUGGUCUGAAAGAAAGUGGAAAUCCGACAGGGUAUUAUAAAAUUACUCCAAGCUCAACCGUUGAAUCUUUUUUAGUUUAUUGUGACAUGGAUUCUUAUCCGGGAACAGGAAUAACCGAGAUCGACCACGAUGAGCAAAGCGGAAGUCUUAAUUACUAUUCUUCCAAUAAAAAUAUACAAGUUAAUUACAACGUGUCAAUGGAUCAGAUUGUUGCUCUAAUGAGUGUUUCACAGCAAUGUGAACAAUAUAUUGAAUGGCGUUGUUCCAGAACAAGGAUGUUUUACAGUGACAAAAACUGGUGGCUGUCACGUGAUGGAGACAAAAUGACCCACUGGGGAGGAGCUUCCCCCGGGCAUGAUGGAUAUUGUGGGUGUGGAGAAACUGGAACGUGUCUGCCUGGAACCAGUUAUGUACACAAAUGCAAUUGCGACUAUAUUAGCUCCAGUGAUGGCACAUACCGUGUUGAUGGAGGGUAUCUGUACGACAAAAGCACAUUGCCAGUAACUGGCAUGGCAUUUGCAUUGGAUUACUAUUACUCUUCUUCCACUUAUUCUCGGGGAGACUACAAACUUGGAAAACUUAGGUGCUAUUGAUGCCCUA